AUGAAUUACAAGGGCUUAGUGGAUCCCAAAAACAAGCCGUUCGGCAAUGUGCUACCUUUCGAGGUUCAAGUUCUCAUUAUGUUCUGGACGCAUUGUUUUAUGACCAAUGACGAAAGGAAAAAAAUGAAUGCAGAAUUUACCCGCCUUCCCCGUUGCCUUGAAACAGAAAUUCCAAAGUUCGUGGCAUUUUUAUUUUCCACCGGUUACAAAAGUUUUCCCUCUGCGUUGGAACGAAAACCAUAUCCUCGCUUUUACGGUUGUCCGCACUGUUUCAGACGGAACACACAACAAGUGUCGGUAAGUAUGUUCAUCAAUAUCCCUUCAGUUUUAUUUCAUGCUUACCACUAAGAUUUGUUCUUUUUCUUGUAGAUUGAUAUGAUAGUCGCUAUAGGAGACGACGACAAACUCUAUGAUGCAAAUCUGGCCCAUAUUUUGGACUUAUUCAGACAAGCGCAUUCCGAGAUACGGCUGUUUGAACUGCCUGUACACGGCAAGAGGCCAAGUCAGAGGAUUAAGAACAUGUUGGAGUUUUUGUUGGAUUAUUUAAAUGACAGAUAUUCUCUGUACCAGCUGCCAUUUCCUUUAUUUUGUAAUUUUGUGAUUGAUAUUUUUAAACAUGUAAUUUUGCGUUUGAUAUUUUUACACAUUACAUAUUCUUAUUCCUUUCACUGCAUAUUGCAUCAUAUGUUUUACUGACUACUCUUUCCGACCCCUUCCAUUGAUCACCCAAGCCUCGUUUUAGCUUUUUUUUAGUUUUCUAACUGUUGGCUUUUCUUUCAUUGGUUAAUUUUGAUUCCCCAGCGACUUUUUUUAGUCUCGAUUGGUUUAGCCUAUUCCCUUGUGUUUUUCACACACCUAGUAUUUCCAUAGAGCACAUGGCAAGACACUUUGUGCUGUUUUUGAUAACGAAGCAAUGAACUACAAGGGCUUAGUAGACCCCAAAAACAAGCCGUUCGGCACGUGCUACCUUUCGAGGUUCAAGUUCUCAUUAUGUUCUGGAGACAAUGUUUUAUGACCAAUGACGAAAGGAAAAAAAUGAAUGCGGAAUUUACCCGCCUUCCCCUUUGCCUUAGAACAGGCAUUCCAAUGUUCGUGGCAUUUUCAUUUUCCACCGGUUACAAACGUUUUUCGUCUGCAUUGGAACGAAAACCAUAUCCUCACUUUUACGGUUGUCCGCACUGUUUCAGACGAAAGACCAAGCAAUACUCGGUACGUUUGAACGUUUAUUUUAUUUUGCAAUUCAUUUGCCCUUUGUUUUCGGGGAUUAGUGGUAAUCUUAUUUACGUCAAUGACUAUUUCACAAUCGUUUACCUUCAAGCAAUAUUUCUUAAACACCCUUUUUCUUCUAGAUUGAUAUGGUUGUGACAGAGAACAAGAAUGAAAAGACAUUCAACGAUGCUCGAAUCGCACUCAUUUUAGAUUUACUGCGCGCCUAUUACGGUCCUUCGAUCCCAUUGUACCGAUAUCCAGUUAAUGGAAGGCAAGGCAAUCCCGUCAUUCUCGAUUUAUUG